UGCUGACGAGAAGCGGAUCAGUCGAGAGGAAGGGAGCCGGCGAGGAGGAGAGACUCAGCGAGGAAUCCGACAUGGACGGACCCCGAGAGGAAAGUAAUGAAGGCUCAGUUUGCAUCUAAGUCUAGAGAUUAGCAUAUGCAGAUGCUAUACAAAUGCAUGUCCUCUUUUCUGUUAAAAAGAAAACUAGGAAGACUUGAAGGCACACAACACACAUACAGAUAUACCUAUGAAGACUUCAAGCGGACAGCAGAUUGGCUUCUGGCGAACACCAAGCACCGGCCCAGAGUUGCCAUCAUCUGUGGCUCAGGCCUUGGAGGGCUGGCUGACCUCUUGAAGGACCAAGUCGCUUUUGAAUAUUCCAAGAUUCCCAACUUUCCCCAGAGCACAGUGGUUGGUCAUGCUGGAAGGCUGGUGUUUGGGAAUCUUAGUGGCACACCCAGCGUGGUCAUGCAAGGUCGCUUCCACAUGUAUGAAGGCUACCCGCUCUGGAAGGUGACUUUCCCAGUCCGAAUCUUCCAUCUCCUUGGAGUGGAGACCCUCAUUGUAACCAAUGCAGCAGGGGGGCUCAACCCUGAGUACAAGGUGGGAGACAUCAUGGUGAUCCGAGACCACAUUAACUUACCUGGGUUUGCUGGGCAGAACCCACUGGUGGGACCCAACGAUGACAGAUUUGGUGUCCGCUUCCCACCCAUGUCAGAUGCUUACAACCAGGACUUGAGGAAGCUAGCCCACACCGUGGCGUCUGAGAUGGGAUGUUCUGGGUGUGUCCGUGAAGGUGUCUAUGUUGCUUUGGGAGGUCCCACCUACGAGACCAUUGCUGAAUGCCGCUUCCUGCAACGACUGGGUGCUGAUGCUGUAGGCAUGAGUACGGUUCCUGAGGUGAUUGUGGCCCGCCACUGUGGCAUGCGUGUCUUUGGUUUCUCCCUUAUCACCAACAAGGCUGUCCUGGACUACGAGAGCAAGGAAAAGGCCAACCAUGCCGAGGUCCUGGAAGCCAGCCGGCAGAGCGCCCGCACCCUUGAGAAACUGGUUUCCCUGAUGGUGCAGCACAUCGAACACAACAACAAUGUGGCAUAAUGCAUGGGGCGGCAGUACUGAUGCCCUCGCUGCUGGCUUCUCAUGCAAGGAACCCUCCAGCUCUGCGCAACGAAGGAUCACCUCCCUGGGAGCGAAGAGCAUGUUGACUCUCCCAUCUUCCUUCUCCUGCUUCCCUAAAUAUUCAUCCUGGUCAAAUCCUGCGGCUACAUUUUUUUUGCUGUCAGCUAGUUUUGUCCUGCUUUUGUGGCAGACAGGCUUUUGCCACCAAUGGAUUGUCUUUCUGUUCCUAUAUUUGAUCUGUGAUGCAGUAUCAGUCCAUCUCUGUCAGUCUGUCUCAGUCUCUUUCAGAAUCUUAUUCCUCAUGUUAUGUGUCUCUCCUUUCUUCUCAUAAUCUGUGCCAGGGAAGUAGGUUCUGGUGCUAGCUAUCAAGAUCACUUGGGCCUCCAACAGCUCACCACCUGAAUGGCCUUCAGAUUUAAAAAAAAUACUUGAGGAGGUAGAGAAUAUGUUUCUGAAGCUCUGAAAGGUUCUGCUUCCUAUUUCAAAAUGGUUGCUCUCUUGUUAACAGCUUAAUUGAAUCAGAACUGGGAUAAUUACAUUUCUCUGGUGAUGUUGGUCCCUAGAAUUCAUUUGUCUUAAAACAUAGAAUCCUAGGGUUGGAUGAGACCUCAAAGCUCACAUUGUCUGACCUCCUGGAUACUAAUGUGUCCACUUUUCUUCUUCUGUGUGGUCUCUGGUUGCUGUGUGGUGGCUUUUGUGUCCUUACAGCCAAGAUUUGACCUCUGAUAUUUGAAGUAUUGUCCCUUUGUCCUACAUGGUGGCAUGUUGUCUGUUGGAGCUGUUGGUCUCUCUUCCUCCACAUGGUGAUUUAUCCUUCACAGCUUCUUUCUGAGAGGAACUUGUGAACUGGAGUGAUGAGGAACACCCUUUCACCUAAUAUCUAGAAAGAGAGUAGGCCUCAUUUUGUCCCACAACACUUGUGCCCCAAAGUGAGUGAGCUCUUGGACUCUCCAUAUGCAGAACAUUACUCAGACCAGGCUUCCUCUUUGUUCUCAGAAACUAUAGACUUAAAGUGGGUCAAUCUAUUUCAAAGUGCCGAUGGAGCCUCUUGUGACUUGAAUGCCCAUCUGUGCAAGAAAAUGUAUAUAUAUAUUUUAAAAACCCGCAUGUAGAAAAUUAGCACAUCAGGAAGAAGGCUAGAAUGCUGAUGGGCUAGCUUUCUGUUUGCUGGGAUGAUUUUGUGUGGAGGAGCAUUCAUUGAUGUGAGCCUGAAACAUUUCUGUUAUCUCAGAAACAGAAAUAGGCCUGUGGUCACAGGCUGAGACUGUUCUCAAAAUGCCAUCCCUUUAGGAACCAAAAGAGCAACCUUGUGUGUGCUUUUCGGUCAACUCUUGGAGGUAGUAUGCUUGCUUUCCAAAUCCCCCAAGCUGUGUAGCUAGAUUUCUAGUAGAACCGACUGGUAGGAGACAUCAUUGAGAGAUGCCUGUCACAGCCAGUAAAAUUGUGCUGUGGGCUUUUGGUUGUUCUGCAGUGGACAAUGUGUUUGGACCAUCACACCUCACUCUCAGCAUCUCAGAUUUUGGAAUGUGAGGCAUGCUGGCCAUCGGAGGGCACUAUGCACAUUACCAUGUGCCCUGCCAUUGUUCAGGAAUCUAGAUGUGGCAAAAGCACAGAAGCAAAAGUGGAUAAUUCUGUUGUAGGGGAUGUCUUCUUUCUAUUCAUAUUUCUUACAAGAGGAAGGGAUAAAUGCUCUUCAUUUGGGGGCUUCUGUCAUUCAUAUCUUAGUACACUGUAUGGUGGUUUUAAAAUGGGAGCAAAUGACGAGGGAGCUUCAGAGCUGCUCAAGAGUGUGUUUGUGUGAAUUGGAUAGGGAAUGCAGGCUCAAAAAAAGCAAAGACCAAAAAAGUAAAAUCUUCCAUCUCCCCCUCAAAGGGACUCCUGUUGUCAAUAUCUUUGGCCCUCUUGACAUGAUCAGGAAUAAUCUGUGAGGAUCCAACUGCUUUUGUUGUCCUCUUAUUCCUGGAAAGGUUGGUUUCAUCAUAUCUUAUUCAUUUCCUGGCUUAUUUAUAGUCUGAGAAUAUAUGAGCAGCAGUGUACUUUUGAGAGAGACAGAGAGAAAGGAAAGACAGAUCCUUUGCAAAACAUCCAUGCUUUGAGAGAGCCUUGCACUUAGCGGAGGUGGGUGUAGGGUUGCCAGCUGACCAAACCUGCUAUGCUCUUGUGUCUUUUGCAGCCACUUAAUGUGCAGAAUGUAGUAAGGAGAAGGUUUUUUUGCACAGAGUGGCAAGGUAUUGAAUAUUAUCCUCUAAUGUAGGAGGUGGGCAACAUGUGCCUGCUUCAAUAUUGUUGGACAGCAAUCCUCAUCAUCCCCAAUGUGAGCUAGGGACUGGUGGGACUUGCAGUCCAACAAUGCUUGGAAGGCUACGCAUCGUCCAGCCUUGAUCUAAGGUUUCCAGGUCCAAUAUCAGUUUGAGGCCAGACACUGGUGAAAUCUGGAUAUGGCAAAAUCCAGAUAUAGUGGCUUAUUUGCUUUGGAAGUUGAGCUUUAUGUCUGUUGUAGUUUCUGCCAAUGGCAACUCCUUCUGAUCUUCCUUUCGACCUUUACUCAUACUGUAAUUCCAAUCCUGGCCACCCAGUAACCUUGCAGAUGGCAGUUUAUGAAUGCCAAGAAAUUGGAUGUGAUGUCAAGGAAUGUGUGCAUGAAGGACAGUGGCUCAUAUCUACUCAGAGACUCUAACGGUCUCGACAGGUUGAGAAAUAUAUAUAUAUAUAUGAUAUUGAUAUGUCUAUUUUUUUAGAGGAGUAUCAGCAUUCUGCACUUUUUAUUUUUAUUUAAAUGAACGGAGCCCUGGUUUAUUAAUUGUAAGAUGAAUAAAUAAUAAAGGAAGUUGGAAUGGACUGAA